AUGACGUUUACGUGCGAGUUUGCUUUCAUUGUGAAUAAACAACAAACAAGUUACUCGGCGGCGUCGCUGCUGGCCAUCCUCUUCGCCAUCCCCUUCGGGCUGCGGGUGCGCGUGCACCGCGAGGCGGGCCGCUGGGCCAGCCUGCCGCAGGCCUUCUACCACGCACACCUCGAGCUCUUCCUCGGCAACGCCUGUCUCGGCGUGGGCGUGAUGAUGCUGCUGGCGCUGACGGUGGAGCGGUACGUGUCGGUGUGCCGGCCGGGCCGCGCGCGCGCGCUGUCCGGGCCGCCGCGGCUGCCCGUCGUGCUGAUCCCGCUGCUCACGUUCGCCGCCUACAUGCCCACCGCCUUCCGCUGGCGCCUCAGCGCCUGCACCGACCCGUCCACCGGUGGGCUGCUCUACCGCCGCGUCGCCAACCACCUGCUCGAGGGCUCUCUGCUCUACGACGUAUACAAGGUCGCGUUAGAGCUGGUGUUCAAGGUGUGCCCGACGCUGCUGCUGGCGGCGCUGAACCUGCGCAUCAUGCUGGUGUACCGCCGGUCGUGCGAGCGCCGGCGCCGCAUGACGCUGUGCCGCAGCGCCUCCUCCGACCACGACGACACCCGCCACUUCGCCGAGGAGCGCCGCCUCGUGCUGCUGCUCGGCAGCACCUCCAUCCUCUUCCUGGUGUGCGUGUCGCCCAUGGUGAUCCUGAACGUGACACUGUCGCAGGGCAACCUGAGCCGCUUCCCGUACCAGGUGUUCCGCGCCGUCGCCAACCUGCUGGAGGUGACCAACUACUCGCUCACCUUCUACAUCUACUGCCUCUUCUCGGAGGACUUCCGCGCGACGUUGCUGCGUACGCUGCGGUGGCCGUGGGGCGACAUAGGACUUCUUGGAAAACAUUAA